AUGCCAGUGCCAGGCUCCAAACACGUUAGGUUUGCGAAGAUUAGGACUGAAUACACCAUCCCUACCUAUCCAUCCCGAUCGUAUACAAUAUCUUCGCUUCCCUCUUCUAAUGGCCCAGUAACACCACCCUCUUACCAGGUUCCUCUUCCUGGUCAUUCUCAUUCCAAGCCAAAAUCCGCUAUGCAGCGUACUCGUGCUCAUAGUUUGCUUGCGUAUUCCGGAUCACAUCACCCAGCUCUCAAUUUCGACGUAACCCUCCCGGUAUCAGCUUUAACAGCUAGAUACCGUCCAUUACCGAGCCCACUCCUUUCAGAACCUGCCCUUUCCCCGGUAGUUCCCUCCCUAGUACUCACGACCCAUCUCCUGCCUUGGGCAAUUACCAUCCACGCCUCCAACGGAUACUUCGUUACCGUCAGAGACGUUCUCGACGCGAUCUAUCGGACACUCCGGAAGAACGUCACUCACAACGAGUAUAACUCCAUAUCAUCUCACCAGGACCGACUUCGAGUGAACGAAGCGUACGAACGUCGGUACAGUCGUAUCCGUGACUACCACGCUUCUCGCGAGGAGAAGCAGAGCGGAGUGAAGAGGGUUGAUUUUCUUCACAAACGGACUCGGUUCAUGGGGAUUCUUCCUUCGAAGGGGGCAUCGCAUGUUUGGGAGUUACGGUUGGAUCAUCAUUAA